AAUGAACUACAGCAAACCCCUCCGUUUGCUCAUGGAAAAACAGCAGCGGAGCAUAUUCGCCGGAACCUUCGAAACUUUUAAAUGUUAAAAUGUACUAACAGGAGAAGUACACUCGACCUUAAACUAACGUUAGUUAGUGACACCGAGCUUCUGUAAAAUUAUACCAAAUUUUUAGUGUUUUUACUCUUCGUGGGUAAAUUUCUUUCCUAGCACGUUAGCAAAGCGACUUCCUCCCUGUGUAUGAGGUAACGUACAGAUGCUGUGCUAGCUGUGUUAUUAAUAACGCGUUUAAAAGGUGAUAUUUGAUAUGAUAUGAUAAUUGAUACCAACUGGUGAGAAGCAUGGAGCUGUACUGGUACAUAGUCGUCAUAGUAUUUAUUAUGAUUAAAAUCUUCUUCUACAUCUGCUGGUACCGCUCAAGGCAAAGACAACUGGCUGCAUAUCUCAGCAAUCCUCGCAAUGCACAGAUUGUCAUUGUGGGAGGAAGAGCUUACCUGCACCAGAUCUGUGAAAGGCAAAAUACAUCAAUCUGGCCCAGUUGGUACGGCGUUCAGGACGAUGGCUCAGCAGGCGAACCGUCCGCCUCUCUUCCACCAUCAUCAUCGCUUUCUCAUCUGGACAUGCCUCCACCGUAUGAGGCUGUUUCUGGAGAAAACGAUCUGAAGCCUCCGCCGUACAGCGAGAUUGCUCAAAAUGACGACACCGACACAUCCCUGAGCAUCACCAUCCCGGAGGGUCACGAUUCUAGCACCAUCACCGAUGCUCCACCUCCUUAUACGCCCAGUGUCAUCUCUCCAACCAAUCAGCAAGUAGACAACAGCCAGUCACAGUCCGAGGGAAGGUCAAGUUAAACAUCUCCCCUAUUUAAAAGCAAGGGCUAAGCAACAGCUUUUUGCCCUCCCCAGGUUGUUUUUUUCCAUCUAGACUUAUUUAUUUUCCUCACAAGCCCCUUGAAAUGAUCUGAAAAGCUAUAGAAAGAAAAAUAAUAUUGGGUCUCUAAAAUAAGAGAAUUUGGAUAGUGCUUGAUAAGCCGUAUAAGAAAUAACUGGCUCAAUGCCAUCUGCUGGCAGAGUUGAGAACUUCUAUGCCCAUGCUGGUGAAACCGGUGCUUUUAGUUCACUCAUGCCUUAUGCUCAUUUUAGCCAGCAUCACGACAGGGCAUAGCUGUAUGAGAGAUGCCUCACAAUCCAGUUAUUUUAGACAAGAAUAUUCACAAAUAUUUUUUUGUGACAGUCCUGGGAACUGAUGUUUUGAGCAUCAGCAGUUUAUAUCACGUAAACGUUUUUUCUUUCAAUCUUCUCUAAAGUCUCAAAGGGAGAGGUUUGAGUAUGGAGGUCUAGCCUCAGGUUUAUUUAUAACCUCAAUUUAUAUGUGAUGACAAUUAAAAAAAACUUUGCCCUCUUAAGCACUUUUUAAUGUUUUGUAAUUGCCUUAAUUCUGUCUGUUGGUAUGUGUCCAAUAUACAUGAAUCAACCAGAGCCGGUGUGGAUAGUGUGGCUAAUGGUUAUGAGUCGUGUAAAUGUGCAGCAGUCAUACUCCGUGUCGUAUCGCUUUUCAGGUAACUGUAAUAACCGAUGCAUUCAAAUCACAGUGCCCUUAUGAACUGAACUAGAAAUCAUCUGCUUGGAAGUGUGCGCAUGUGUUAAAUGUCUGAUAAACCCUAUCAGAACUUCCUCGUGAAAAUGAUGAUGUGCUUUGGUGAGCGCAUAGUCAUCUCUGUGCAACUGCAUAUUCCAGGUUCACAUAAUGGGAACAAUAUUCUUUUUGUAUUUAAAAAAAAGUCCACAUGAAAGGAUGUAAUGUAAUGUAAUGGCUGGAAUGCACUACAAGACUUUUAAAAUCUGAACAGAUUUUUUUAAACUAGACGUCAUACACUUGCAGACUUUUUGAAAGUUUCAGAUAGAAAGACACUACCGGAUCAAAUCUCCUGACUGGCACAGACUUUCAGCAACAAGUCCAAACCGAAAAUCUGGCCAAAAUCUGAGCAAAAGUCUUGUAAUGUACUUUAGCCUUAAGUGUGUUUUUAGAAAAUGUGUGUAGUUUUUCCUCCAAGUCCUUUCACAUCCACUAUAUAAUAUCAUUUAAUCAUGAUUUGAUUUAAAUAGCUAAUUCUGCAACAUGUAUUAUCUCAUUUAGACUGAAGUACUGUAUAUGCUAUUUUUGUAUUUAUGGAAAACCCUUCGAAUCUCUUUCAAAAAUAAAGUUGGGUAAAAUUG